AUGCUGGCGAACAGCCUCGCCGGCAACAAUUCCAUCGAUGCGCCGAAUUACGCGCAGGUGAUCAAGCCGACAUGCGAGGCUUUCCAAGACUGGCAUCCGGCGGGCGCGCCGAUGUAUCCGCCGCAACAUUUGCAGUUCGUCAUUCCGCACCACGACUGGACGUAUCCGCAGCUACAGCCGACGGCAGUCGCCGCGACCGCCGCCGCCGCUGCCGCCAUUCACCAGCAGCAGCAGCAGCAGCAAGCGGCGACGACGUCGUCGUCGACAACGACAUCCUCAUUGGCGCAAUCGCAACAAAUCAAGCAGGAACUCGAGCGGCCUGAGAUCAUCCAGCGAAUCUCGCAUCCAUGGACGUAUCCAUUCUCAUGCGAGGAGAACACCGCGCCGACACCGCAACAAGCGCCGAGCACUGCUCACGGAGCCGCCAUGUCCGACAUGUCGGAUGAUGGCGAUCAGACGGGCCACGACGAUCUGGAAGGAUUCGCGAAGCAAUUCAAGCAGCGACGGAUAAAGCUGGGGUACACUCAAGCAGACGUCGGCUUAGCACUUGGCACUUUAUACGGCAACGUGUUCUCACAGACGACAAUUUGUCGAUUUGAAGCGCUUCAGUUGUCAUUCAAGAACAUGUGCAAACUCAAACCGCUUCUGUUCAAAUGGCUGGAGGAGGCUGAUUCGACGUCGAGCUCGCCGAACUCAACAUUCGAGAAGAUGACCGGACAAGGCGGCAGGAAACGCAAGAAGCGGACUAGUAUCGAGGUGAAUGUCAAAUCACGACUCGAGUAUCACUUCCAAGCCAAUCAGAAGCCGAACGCGCAAGAGAUCACACAAGUGGCGAACGAGCUUCAACUCGAAAAAGAGGUGGUUCGCGUCUGGUUCUGCAAUCGUCGCCAAAAAGAGAAACGAAUGACACCGCAGUUCGACCAGCCGCCAAUGGGUCUCGUCGGCAAUCAGUACCCUAUGCCGUCGGAUCUGUUUCAGUACCAAACCGCUGCCGGUCUAGUCAAUCACUAUGCUCAACAACCAUCAUGA